CGCGGUGGGAUGAUGGCGCGACGGUAUGAGGCGGGGAAAAAGGGGAUGCUGGUGGCGGGGGCAAUGGCGAUGACUCUAUGCCUCCUCCUCCUCGUCCUCUCUCCUCGCAGACAGAGCUCUGAGCUCCUAGCAUCAAAGCAAGCUUCAGGCAAGCAUUCCGGCCUUGGCAAGAAGAACCCCCAGCUCUUGGAGAACGUAAUGAAGCAGUCCUACAGCCCGUCAGAUGUCAAGCCCCGAGCUCACCAACCCGCGUCUCUGAACGUCCCCUACUUCUCCAAGUUCGUCCAUCCUGAGCCCCACUACCGCAAGGGCGGAAUGCACUCAGCCGCCAUGCACUGGAAGGAUGCAAAUGGAAUCGUGGAAGACAGGAAGGAGAGCAAGAAGCUGAUUCAAGCAAAGCAAGCUCAGGCUCUGUCCACGGAGCUCUCACACACUAUGGACGAGUACCUCAAGGAUGAGAACCAUGGCAUUUCUUGGACUGUGCGCAACAGUCAACCACAGUAUGCGGAAAUGCAGGCGAAGAAGCGCCAGCACUCUCUCUCCCCUGCUAAGGCAGAGGCACUUGCCAAGGAGCUCACUCAAACCCAGCAGAACUACUUCGACCCUGCUGCUUCUGCCCCCAAGACGCACGAGAAGUUUGUGUCCAAGCAGGCAGGAGAGGCUCUUGCCAAGUCACUCGAGGCUGGUGAGGAGGCAGCGCUGCGACCCCACAAGCUCAACAAGCUGCAUCAGGCAGUGAAGGUUAACGCCAUGGCGGGCAAGAAACUAGCAGCAGAAUUGAAUGCUGGAGAGGCCGAUGCUCUCGCGAUUGUUGCCAAGAAUGCCAUCAAUCAAGAGAUUGAAGAUGAAAGGAGGAAGAACUUGAAUCACAUUCAGACCUUCAGCAAGGAUUUGGGCCCAAGUCUGAGCAGGAAGCAGUCCGAGGAGCUUGUCAAGGACCUCGACACUCCGAUGAACGUUGUUAACCACAAGGUUAUGCACCCAACCACCCACAAGGUGAAGAGAAUGUAGACGAAGUGCCUGGUGUCUUGUUUGAAGCGUUUACUGGUCUUGUCGCUAUAGUGAUUUUCAUAUUUGUUGAAAACAAAUGCAUAAAUGAUCUGAUCGUUUC